UUCCUAUAAAUUCAAUAAAGUUCCUGAAAAUUUCGUCAUUAAUAUUUUGGUGCUUUUCGUGGAAAGUAAAAUAAAUGAAGUUUGCAUAAAAAAAAAAGUGAAAGUCAUAUAAUAAAUUAUAUAAAGUUUCAAAAAUACUAGAAAUUUUUGUGAAAAAGAAAAUAAAAAAAAAAUAAGUAACAAGCAAACAAGAAAAUUUAAACACAUUUUAGUUUACCUUCAGACCUCUAAAUUUUUUCUCCAACGCUCUACACAAAUAAUAAAAUUUCAAAACCAAAAAAAAAAAAAUUCGUAAUAUUAUUAAAUAACAAAAAUAUACUCUUAUCUUUUUAAAUAAAAAAAAAAUUAGUACAAAACUCAAUUUAAAAUGGAAUUUCCCCACCUUGGAAAACAUUGCUCUGAAAAAUCGUGCAAUAAAUUAGAUUUUCUACCUAUGAAAUGCGAUUCUUGUAAUUCAGUAUUUUGUUCAGAACAUUUUAGUUACUCAAAACAUUCUUGUCCAUCAGCUCAUCAAAAAAGUGUUCAAGUGCCCGUAUGCCCUCUAUGUAAUGAUCCUGUCCCAACUCCAAGAGAUGUCCCACCAGAUCUAAGUGUAAGCGAACAUAUCGAUCGAUAUUGUAAAUCUGAAACAAAAAAAAUUUUUACAAAUCGUUGUAAUUAUAAAAACUGCAAAAAAAAAGAACUUGUUCCAUUCAAAUGUUCUGAUUGUCAUAUCAAUUAUUGUUUAAAACAUCGGCACAUCACCGAUCAUGAAUGCCAAGGAGCUCAAGUAACACAAAGAAAUGCAGCAGCUAAUGCAGCUGAACAAAGAAAAACUAGACCCAGUGGAUUUAAUGGAGUUUUUAAAACUGCAACUAAUGUUACAUCAAACCCAAAGUCAAUUAACUCUUCAAACAAUAAUACUCCUUCAAAUGCAGGAAGUUUGGCGCAAAAUAUCCAAGGAAGUAUGACUGAAGAUGAAGCUUUAGCUCAUGCAAUGGCACUAUCAAUAAUGGAAUUGGAUGAGCAAGCAAAUAGAGAAAGACUAGCCCGUCAACAAGAUCCUGUUCCAGUUACACAGCCAAGUAAAGAUAAAUGUUCCUUAUCUUAGCGUAUUUAAUUUAGAAAUAAAACGAGAACAAUUAAAUAUGUAUAUGCUUGAAGGGAUGGAUUAAAAAAAAUUAUAUUGAAUGAGGAAAAUAAGAAUAUAUAAAAUUUUAUUUCGGUUUGAAUUAAACAAAUUUAAUUAAUUGCAAUUUAAUCAAUUUUACUUACAAAAUUUCAAUGCAAAUGCAAAAUAAAAAUUAUUAAAUCAAUGAAAAAGUUAUUAGUAAAAUAUUCAAUAAUAUUGUUUAAGUAGCAAAGCUUUUGCGAAUUAUAUUAGCCAAAAAUUAGAGAAUUUUAUGAUUAAAUAACAUUAUAAAAAUACAAAAUAAUUAGAGUAGCCAAAAAAAGUAAUGGCUUUCAGAUUUUUUUUUUAGAAUAUGCCAUUUUUAGAUUAUUUGGUCGAAAGUUUAAAAAUUAUAUAAAUUUGCUUUAAAUUCUUUGUAAAAGAUAUCACAAACUGUUUUAUCACAAAUAAAUAAUAUAUAAAAAACUUAAACUCAAUCAAACAAAUUUUAAAUAAUAAAUACAUAAUUAUAUAAGGUGCUUUAUUAGCAAUUAAAAUUUUACCAAAA